CAUUGAACCAUGCGAUGUGACGAACUACGACUACCCAAUUUAUUCAAUUGAGGGCUCGGAAGGGAACGAUCGCUAUGAGUUAACUGUGCUUGUGGAUGGAGUCAGGCUUAUGGUCGAAUGUGACACUGGUGCACCAUGUUCGCUCAUAUCAAUUCACACAUUUGAUAAAUACUUUGAUCGAAGAGUUUUGAAACCAUGCAACACACCUUUCUCCGGAUACACAGGUGACCCAUUGAAGAUCAUUGGUGAGUUUCAAACAGUUGUUAAUUACAAAGGUCAAAAGAUAUCAGGAAUAAUUGUAGUGACAAACAGUGACCGACCGAUUUUGUUAGGUAGAAAUUUUCUGCGUGCUUUUAGUUUUGAAUUAGUACAAACAAAUCGCGUCAAUAAUAUUUUUGCGCCCAACGAAAUGAUUGAUUCAAUCAAAAGUGAGUUUCACGAAGUUUUUAGUUGCGGUUUAGGAAAGUAUAACGUCACGACCAUUAAAUUACCCAUUCAAAAAGAUGUCACACCGAUUUUUUGCAAACCUCGCCCUGUUCCGUUAGCAUGGCGUGAUAUGAUAGCGAAACAGUUAGAUGACUCCGUUUCAAAAGGAAUACUUAUUCCAGUAGACAAUUCGGAUUGGGCUACACUUCUUGUGCCAUUAUUGAAACCUUCUGGCGAUAUUCGCAUUUGUGGUGAUUACAAAGUCACAAUUAAUCGAUUUUUAAUCGAUUUCAAAUAUCCAUUGCCACGGAUUGAUCAAAUUUUUGCUUCAAUGCAAGGAGAUAUUUUGUUUACUAAACUUGACAUGUCGAAUGCAUACAAUCAGUUAGUUUUAGACGAUGAAGCACAAAAAUUGUGUACAUGGAGUACACACAAAGGCAUUUUCAAAAUGACACGUUUACCGUUUGGCGUCAAAAUUGCCGCCGCACUUUUUCAAAAGACCAUGGAAAAUCUCCUUAGUUGCUUCUCAAAUGUAUUCUGUUAUCAAGAUGACAUUGUCGUCACUGGGCCAACUCUAGCAGAUCAUUUGAAAACGCUAAAACAAGUUUUGAUUAAACUUCAGACAGCCGGUCUCAGACUAAACGUCAACAAAUGUGAAUUUUUCAAGGAAAAAAUUUCUUAUUUAGGAUUUGACAUUGACAAAAAUGGUUUAAGUCGGAACAAAGAACGAAUCAAUAGUAAAGGUUCUUUGAAUACGGCUGAUAGUUUAUCACGUAUUGCACAAGUUUCUACAGCGGAAGAAACCAAGGAGAGUUCAUACAUAAAUUAUGUAGGUUCAAACAUCAUGAAAACAUUAACGUACAAAGAUAUAGCCACACACACUCGACGAGAUCCAAUUUUAUCAAAGGUUCACGAUUGUAUUCAACACGGAACUGUCGAUCAGCUUCAAGGCAGUGAAUAUACAUCAUUUCGAAACAAAGCAACUGAAUUAUCUGUUGAAUCAGGUUGCAUUCUUUGGGGCUAUCGCACCGUCAUUCCAAAUGCUCUGCGUAAGAUCAUUUUGCAAGACCUUCACGCAUCGCACAUGGGAAUUGUAAAAACGAAAGCGUUAGCUCGUUCAUAUGUUUAUUGGCCGCAUAUUGACAAAGAAAUUGAAAAUUUGAUAAAAGGUUGUAUUUAUUGUCAAAAGACUCAAGCAAGUCCUGAGAAAAGUACUCUCAUGCCGUGGACACCCACUGAUUCAGCUUGGAAACGUGUUCACAUUGACUUUGCAGGUCCCGUUCGAGGCUAUUAUUUGUUUCUUGCAAUCGAUUCAUAUUCCAAGUGGGUUGAAGUUUUCAAAACCAAGGAUAUGACGUCUGCAUUUGUCAUUCGUAAAUUAAAAGAAAUUUUCUCACGAUUUCGUUUAAUCAGCAUCUUGGUUCAAGACAAUGGAAGACAAUUUACUUCUGCUGAAUUUAAACAUUUUUUGGAAAUGAAUGGCAUCGUAUACAUAUACACCGCACCUGGACAUCCAUCGACAAACGGUCAAGCCGAGAAUUUUGUCAAAACAUUGAAAAAGUCAUUAAUUGCAACGAUUGAGGAGAGCAAAAUAGGUGACUUCGACAACAUUCUCGAUAGAUUUUUGUUUGACUAUCGAAUUACAAAACAUUGCACAACUAACGAAACUCCUGCGAAACUCCUUCUCGGAAAAGAAUUAAAAUCGCGUUUUAGUUUGCUAAAACCGCCUGUAGUUACAGAUGUUAUCAAAGAAAAGCAACAAACCGCAAUUAAAAAUUAUAAAGGAAAUCGUAAC